GUUAUAAGUAGUAGUAAUCGCUUAAUGAAACAAUAAAGAAAUAGACUUUAGUUCAGAUGUAGGAAAUGAAACUAAAUGUUGACACAAGAUUAAGAAUAUGUAAAACAAAAUGCCUUUCAAGCGAAAAGCUAUUAUACUUCUAGUGAUUGUAUUGUUCAAAGAAUCAGAUGGCUAUUGCCCUACUGCUAAAGAGGGUGAGACAGUAACUUUUCAGGGAACAUUUACACAUACCUUUGAAGAUCCCGUUGAAAUAAUAUGGUCAAAAGAAGGAAUAGUUCCUACCUACUCAAAGUGCAAUCAUCUCAUUGUGUGCCGAGAUUCAGAGAACAAGACACAAACAUCCUUGGUAUUAAAAGGCAACAACGUCUACAAGUUUUCCUUUCAAAUCAAGAAUGUAACAAAGAACGAUUUCGGCUUGUGGAAACUGAUGUACAGUGGGGUUUUGGUUUUAGAACAUGGUGAACCAUUGUACACUUGUAAUCUUGAACCGACAAUAAUGAUGACAAACAAAACUGAGCAAAAUAAAUUCGCUUUAAGCAGCACGAGUGAGGUCACUACAUUUGAAUCAACUACAAAAGCGAAAGAAAGUGGUGUAACGCUCGUUCACUACACGCAUGAAAAAAAUUGGCUUUCCAAUUUUGCAGGUCCACUUGGUGGCGCCUUUAGUGUCAUAGUAAUCAUACUAAUUGCUGGUGUCUAUUUAAAGGGGAGAAAGAGAGAGAAAAAAGUCGAAGAAAAAUUUGAACAGUUAUUGUAAAACUAACUACAAGAAAACAUUUAUAAAGAUACAACACGAUUUGAAUGAUAUUAAGACAUUUUGUUUAUUUUAUUAUAUUAAUGUCUUACGAUCUGAAAGUAAAUGUAAUUUUAAUGAUAAAGUAAUUAAUUUAACUAUUUAAGAUUUUCAAUUGAAACUAUGUAUAUUGUUGUAUAUUAAAUUCUCCAUUUUCUGCUACGCCUAGUCAUAAAUACCUAGAGCCGUUAUAAAUAUAUGUAUUUAUAAUUUUUAAAGUAAUAUUUUAAUUUUCUUAAUCCUCAGUACUCUCUUUAGUUUUGUUGCGUUAUAAAAGUGUGUAAACUUUUUUUUAAAUAUUGUUUUAGUUAGGUUUCUAUGACAUAACUUUAAUAUGCUUACCAUAUAUUUUAUUUAGUGAAUAUAUAAAUUUGUGGAAAAGAAAAGCAAAAAAAAAUAUGUUUUUUUUUUUUUUCAUCAACAAUGGGCUUAAGAACCAGCCUUAUAAUAAGAUUUCAAACAUUUCACAUACAUUUUGAUAUUGGAAGACGUAAUGCAGUGAGAGCUUAAAUAUAUAUAUAUAUAUACAAACACACACAUAUAUAUAUAUACGCAUAUAUAUCACAUAUAUAUAUACACAAUAUAUAUAUAUAUAUAUAUAUAUAUAUAUAUAUAUAUAUAUAUAUAUAUAUAUUGUUGUAACUCUAGGGUAGGCACUCAACGAAAGACAGGUCGGCAACAGUAAACGAUGUAUUUAUUUAGUAUAACUAGUAUAAGCAUCAACAAAUAGUAAUAGUUACUAGUUACAACAAUAUAUAUAUAUAUACUUUUUAUGCUGGGAUGUUCAUCUCAUCGAUUCAAAUGUCCCGCCAAGUUAAAAAUUUUGAGAGGCAUUUUCCCAAGUAAAAUCAGUUGGGACAUUUUUUGAUAUACUUUGAUUUACUAUAAUAAUGGCGAUCUUUAGAAAUAUAUUGUUAACGUAAUAUAUUAGUUAUUUACGUAUUUAUAUUAUUUUGAUUAUAAGAGCUGCACUCUUAAACUGGGCACAUAGAAUGUGCGUACUUAACAAACUGGACUUAAUGAAAACUUACUGGACAUAGAAGAUGCCAGAAAAUCCGCAAUAAUAAAUGAUAAACUGUCCAGGCUCAAAUUGGAAAUUGCUGCCCUCCAGAAAACUCGUUUAGCUGACUCUGGUUCAAUCAAAGAAAAAUACUACACCUUUUUCUAUGGUAACCUUUCGUCUGCUCUCAGGGAGAUCCAAAAUAUGGAACAGGUUAUCAUCGUUGGCGACCUCAAUUCACGCGUUGGAUCUGACAACUCUGCUUGGGACUGCUGUAUUUGGUGUCGGAAAAGUAAAUGAAAAUGGACAAAGGCUCCUCGAGGUUUUCUCACUACACCCCCUCUGUAUCACUAAUACCUAUUUCAAGACUUAACUACAGCACAUGGUAUCUUGGCUGCAUCGUUGCUCCAAACAUUAACACCAACUAGACCUAAUCAUUGUACGACAAAAGUGCUUAAAAUUUGUCAUCUUAUCAGGUCCUAUCACAGUUCAGACUGUAACACAGAUCACUCCUUGGUAUGUUGUAAGAUCAAUCUUCUCCACGAAAAAUCAGCCAUACCAAGCAGAUUUGAAGACCCAAAUCGAAUGUAAGCAAGAUGUGCCACCCUGAUCUUCAGAUACAGUAUACGGAAUCUUUUGUACGCCAGUAUGAAAAUUUCUCUGGAAAUACAGCAACAGAAAAAUGGAAACACCUCAAGUCCACCAUACAAAAGACUUCCCUGGACAUCUUUGGAAGAAAAAUUACAAAACGAAAUGAUUGGUUUGACUCUAAAUUAGCUAUUUUAGAACCUUUCUUCAGAGAAAAGAGAGAUGCACUCGAUACAUACAAGGCGAAACCUACCCAACGCAACCUGCUAAAUAUGAAAGAGGCUAGAGCCACUGUGCAAAGGACAGUGAGGAUCUGUGCCAAUGAAUACUGGGUAGAGCUCAGUGAGAAUAUUUAUCUCGCAGCUCAAGUGGGCAGCAUAAGAGGUAUGUAUAAAGAAAUAAAAAAGGCUCUCGGACCCUCACAAUUCAGCACCUCUUAAAUCAACCACUGAGGAAAUUAUCACAGACAAGUUGAACAUUACUUUAAACUUAAGCUUAGUCUCUGCCUCAGCCCUUAAGGCUAUCAUACAAUUAUACACAAUGAACGAACUAGACGAAAUACCCACCCUGUUAGAGCUCAACAAAGCCAUAUAUAACACGGCAACCCGUAAAGCACCCGGAUGCGAUGGUAUCCCUCCAGAUCUUCUAAAACAAUUCAAAAGUACACUAAUCCAACCUCUACACGGACAGCUUUGCAAAUGUUGGCAAGAAGGUGCUGUGUCACGUGACCUGCGGGAUACUAAAGUCGUUACACUUUAUAAAAACAAAGACUCGACUGCAACAAUUACAGGGAAAUCCCCGUCCUAAGUAUUGUGGCAAAGUCUUUGUUCCAGUAAUGCUUUCCAGGCUACAAAACUCGCUGAUUGGGUCUAUCCAGAAUCACAAUGCGGCUUUCGCUUAUGAAGCUUGACAAUUGACAUGAUUUUCUCCAUCCGACAACUUCAGGAAAAGUGCAGAGAACGAAGAAUGCCUUUGCAUAUUGCGUUCAUUGACCUGACAAAGGCCUUUGAUCUAGUCAGCAGAGACGAGGUCUUUUUUAAAUUUAAAACAGAUAAUAGGCACAAGCUACUAAAUGUAAUCGUAUCUUUCCACCAAAAUAUGAUGGGAACAGUGCAAGUAAACGGUGCCUGCUUUUGAAAGUUUCAGUAUAAACAGCUGAAUUAAACAAGGAAUACUAUUGUCACUGCUAAUCCACAACGCAUUGGAGGACAAAUCCACCGAAGGCAUCUAUCUCCAUUCCAGAUUUGAUGGCAAACUCCUAAAUAUUGCCAGCACUGAGGGCCAAAACUAAAAUCACAACCUCCCUCGUAAGAGAUAUGUUAUUCGCAGAUGAUGCAGCGGUAAUGGCACACUCACAAGUGGAAUUUUAGUCACUAAUGUCCCUCUUCUCUCAGGUCUGUAAUGAAUAUGGCUUAAUUAUUAGCACAAAGAAAACAAAUGUUAUGGGACAACCUGCUACAGCACCACCCCACAUCGUCAUAAACGAUAACAAGCUGAAUGUCGUAAAUUAAUUUUGCUAUCUGGAAUCCACAACUUAAGAUGCUUUGCUCUAGAAGAGUAGAUUUAAAAAAACGCAUAGGGAAGGCUGCCUAAACCUUCGCUAGACUCAUGUCAAGAGUUUGGGAAAACCAGAAGCUCACUACGGUGACCAAAAUGGCAGUCUACAAGAGUACACUAAUGUAUGGCAGUGAAUCAUGGACCACCUAAGAAAAGCAAGAGAGAAAGCUAAACUCAUUCCAUUUGCGAUGUCUCUGUAUCAUCAUGAAAAUCACUUGGAAAGAAAAAGUGUGCAAUACUGAUAUCAUUGCGCGAACAGAUAUUCCCAGCAUACCUUAGACAACGCCGCCUGCGCUGGCUUGGACAUGUUCGCUGGAUGGUGGACAAUUGCAUCCCGAAAGUCAUCCUUUACGGACAACUUGCGACUUGCUCAACAAAAACUGGUCGCCCCCUCAUCCGUUACAUAGAUGUAAUAAAAAGAGUCCACAAAUCAGCGAACAUCAAUACUGACCAUUGGGAAGACAUAGCUCUAGACCGCACCAGAUGUAGAGAGACUGACUAAAAUGCAAUGGACAUCGAAAGAACAUGGUCCUUAACUCUGGAAGAAAAACGUACAAUGCAAAAUCGGCAAGCUCCUCUACUACCGAAACAAGAGCCAUCUUAACCUACGAUAUUUGUGUACGGGAAUGUCUGUCCAAAAUAGGGUUCCACUGCCACAUGAAAAAUUGUUCGAGAUGAACCAUAGUCUUUCUACUACUGAAGGAGGCCAACAACAUUAUAUAAAUUCAUUACAAAUUGUAAUUAUUUUGUUUCUAAGAUUUCUUUGUUUCCAAUGUUACUUAAAGACUGUUUAAAAUAGGGAAACAAAAUUAAAAUAAAUCACUCACUGAAGUAUAUAAAGUUUACAAAAUAUGUAAUAAAUAGCUAAGUUUAAUUAAUUGAAUGUUACCAAAAAAUAUUUUUACAUGAGCUUUGCAAAAAAAAAAUGUAUUGUGUAUUAAAGUAUAGAUGCAAACAGGUA